GUAAAUCUCUUUUCCUUGGCUCAGAGAAAAUGGUGCACUAUUCACGUAAGCCACAGGUGUCCUCUAAGAGCGCCAAAGCCAAGAUAAGUGACCUCCGUUGCCACUUCAAGAACACCUUUGAGACUGCCAACAUCAUCAAUGGCAUGCCCCUGCGUAAGGCGCAGCAGCUCUACCGCCAGGUCCUGGCCAAGACCCGCUGCAUCCCCUUCAAGCGCUACAACGGCAAGAUCGGCCGCACCGCCCAGGCAAAGGAGUGGGGACAGACCAAGGGCCGCUGGCCGCGCAAGUCGGUUAUUGCAAUGCUCUCGUUGCUCAAGAACGCCGAGGCAAAUGCCAUUGAAAAGGGCUUGGACCCUAACAAAAUGAUUAUUAAGCAUGUCCAGGUUGAUGAGGCCGCUCGCAUGCGUCGCCGCACGUUUCGUGCGCAUGGUCGCAUUACGCCGUACAUGUGCAGCCCGUGCCACGUGCAACUUUUCAUGUCUGAGAAGAAGGAACGUGUGCCGGUCCCGAAGAGUGCUCCCAAGAAGUAAUAGUUCCACUGUUUACUAUAUAAGAGAUUAAACACAUUUAUUUUUCGUAUAUUUUAUUUUAAAUAAAAGUCAUAAGUGUGCAUCAUCGAUUUGGAUA